CGUGAAUAGCGGCGGUUGUAGUUCAAGAACAUCCAGCGGUCGACAACUGUCGCGGCCACCAAGAGCGUCACGUCCUUCAUAACUGAACCUUCCCGUGAUCCCUUGGGCUGUGUUGUUCUGUGCCAUUAGUUUCAUAAAAUCGUUUUUUCUGUUCCUGUGGUUGAAAUGUCGACGCUGUUUGAGUAUGUAAAUCUCUAGAAGUAUGCAGCUCUCUCUCUCUCUAGCAGAACUUCACGUGUAACGGUAUCUGCCAAAGAUAUUAUUGUUGUUCCAGAACUGGAUUAGCAUAGCUACUUGCCGCUCGGGUACGAGGGGUAGUAAAAGUUAAUUCCCUUCAGCAUUUAAAGACUGAGUGGUGUCUAAAACUCGUUUAUCUGUCGCAACAAAGAGAUUCCUGUUCAUCGUAUCCUGCGCCUGCUGUCGCCUCUGAAGCACUGACAGGAGAAUGUCGGACACACAAGACAAGACAGAAAAAAUCACGAUUCAGGAACUCAAUCUAAGCAAGUACCGCCUUCCAUCCUAUGUCUUCUGGGCAGACAACUUGACCCGACCAACCUUCUCGUUUGCUAUCGGCUGCAGACUCUGGUCACGUGAGCGCCAAUACUACGAACAAGACAGGGAGCGGAAGAUGGCCCCCUUCGCUACACGACCAUAUCUUUUCCAUCAGUACCCCGGACUGCACAAGCACUACCCAGGCACGUGGCGGGUAGCAGACGACAGCGAGCUGAGCCACAUCGUGCAGCGACUGACCAGACCCACCCGGUCCUCCCACAGCCGCGAGCGGGACAUCCAGUCGACAUACCCACCGUCGUCACGGAGCGGCACGGCAGGACACCGAGGGCAAAGGUCGCCAGUCAGUCAUGUGACCAGGCACAGGUCAGGAGCACUUCCACAUCUUUCUGUGAAAUCGUCAUGUUCUCGACGUCGGUCUCCAAAAGGUGAUGACGACGACGACGACGACCUUAACAAGUCCACGACAGACCCAGCAGAUCGUCUCCGAAAUUCCGACAGAGGGUCAGAGGCAGAAAAAUUUCCCGAGAAUUCAGACAGCAAGUCAGAACCAGAAAAAGGUUCCCAGAAUUCCGACAUUACUGCCCAGUGACCCAGUACUUCGACUUGCUGCUUUUAUCCUUCAUCAGUUUUUGUUUUUUUUUUUCUGUAAAGAUUUGAGUAAGGAUUUCUUUAUAUACAUUGAAAGUCGUUUUUUAUCUUGAAUUUUUUCAAACGACGGUUGAUGAUUGCAUUGAAAGUCAUUUUUAUCUUGAAUAUCUUGGAAACGAUUACAACAUUGAAGUCACUUUUUAUCGUGUUUUUAUUUUUAUUGUCCAAGAUUUUCAUCAAGUGAUGCUUAAUGGUUUGAAAACGAGUUCAUGGUUCUAUUUAAAGAAGUUUAGAUUAUGUUUUUAUUGAAAAUAUUAUUCAUUUAUUUUGCUUGUGAAAGUUGCGUAAAACCUGGUCUUUAGUGGAACGCCAUUUUAGUGUUCUCUACUGUACUUUAAAAACAUUUCAAGACAUGCCCUUGUUAACAAUCUAAAUUAAUAUUUUAAUUAUUGUUGUUUGCAGUUGAUACCUAUCUUUCUUCCUGUAAUUUUAUCAGUAAUCGCUAUAAAGGUGAGUUUUUAAAUUGUAAA